AUGGCGGGAGGUAUUUCAAAUGCUGUGACCAAUGCUAUGGAUAUUGGCGCUAAUAGUUUUGCAUUAUUCCUUAAAUCACCAAGAAAAUGGGAAUCGCCUCCGAUUAAACCAGAAGAAGUGAAAAAAUUUCACGAAUUAUGUGAAAAACACAAGUACAAUCCAAGAACUGACAUUUUACCCCACGGUUCGUAUUUACUAAAUUUGGGUAAUCCUGAUCCAGAAAAGGAAGAAAAAGCAUAUGGUGCAUUCUUGGAUGACUUGAAAAGAUGUGAAUUGUUAAAUAUUGGGUUGUAUAAUUUCCAUCCUGGUUCCAGUUUAGAUAGUGAUCAUAGAGAAGCGUUAGAACGUUUGGCCAAGAAUAUCAAUCGUGCUAUAGAGGAAACCGAGUUUGUUAAAAUUGUUAUUGAAAAUAUGUCAGGUCGUGGUAAUUUGAUUGGGAACAAUUUACAAGAUAUUAAGGACGUUAUUGACAUGGUGGAGAAUAAAUCAAGAGUGGGUGUUUGCUUAGAUACUUGUCAUUCCUUUGCUUCUGGUUAUGAUAUUUCCGAUGAGGACAAAUUUUAUAAAUUUUUAAAGCAUUUCGAUGAUAUAAUUGGUGCUGAGUAUUUAUCAGCAAUCCAUUUGAACGACUCAAAAUCUCCAUUGAAUUCCAGUCGUGAUUUACAUCAAAAACUUGGGUAUGGUUUCUUGGGAUUGGAAGUUUUCAGAGUUAUUGCCAAUUGUGAAAGAUUGAAAAACAUUCCUAUUAUUUUAGAGACUCCUGUUGAAAAAGAUGAUUCUGUAUAUGGCGAAGAAAUCAAAUUAUUGGAAUGGUUAGAAGGUAGAAAAGUUGAUGAUGAAGAGUUUAUUGCUAAAAAAGAAGAACUUUCCAAAUUGGGUAGCAAAGAACGUGCUGAACAUUUGAAACAAUUUGAAUCCAAGGUUGCCAAAACACAGAAGAAGGACAAUAAGAAGAAACGUUCAUCUGAUGGCAACGAUAUUACAAGUAUGAUUAAGAAAAAGAAGUAA